AUGUCCUGGGUCAUGCCGGGUGACAACCCGCUGUCUGUGGAUCCCAGCGUUCCGGAUGGGGCUACGUCUGCUGAUUACUGCUGCUACGACAUCUUCGAGACCACGGAAACAGUAUGCGGGGCUGGGGUCGAAGCUCCGUGCCGCAUGCCCCAGGAGUUCGAGACAAAAGUGGACACUUGCGGUGUGGACGGCAUCGAGGGCCUUGCUGGACCCGCGAACACGUGCUGCCCCCUUGGCUGCGCAAAUUGCGUAGGGAUAGGGUGCGGCGAUCAGCACAUCUCAUACGUGUUCCCUGGCGAACUUCCGUGGAGUACUACCGCACCGGAGGGUUCGGCAACCCAGGAUUUCUGCUGCCAAUCUGCCUUCAGAGACGUUGGGGAAUGCGGCGUGGAUGGUGCCGAGCCUCCGUGCAUGAUUCCUGAGGUGGUGGAAACCCUGCCCCCACGGGACCUUCCCGACGACACCUGCGGCGUUGUUGGCAUCCAAGGCGUUCGUACCGGCGACAAAUGCUGCCCCUUGGGCUGUGGGCAAUGCGGAGAUACCGGAUGUGGCUCGAUCGACAUGGGCUACAUCACCCCGUACCUCGACCACGAACCUGCCUCCAACGCUACGUCCACGUCCUACUGCUGCACGAGCUCGUUCACCGUCAACUCUCCUACCUGCGGAGACGGAGUAUCUCCCCCGUGCCUAAUUGCUGCUGAGGAUCAAGUCACAGAGACAGUCACCGCCACCCUUGCCCCCGAAGUCGCCUCCAGCUUGAUUGACAACUGCGGCCUUCCAGACAUCCCUGGCAUCAUGGAUACCUCCGGAACCCGUUGUUGCCCACAGGGGUGCGGAAUGUGCGGUGGUGUGGGGUGCGGGUUAGUCGACAUGAACCUAGUGGCUCCUACUGUGGAAGGUGAUGUCCCCAUCGACGCCAAAUCGGGUGAUUACUGCUGCACGUCUGGGGUGGACACAAGAGACGUCACGUGUGGGACUGGGACGGGUGAUGAUGAGGGCUACCCUCCUUGCUUCAUUCCGGCUGGCACAGGGACAGUCACCGCCACCCUUGCCCCCGAAGUUUCCUCGAACUUGAUUGACAACUGCGGCCUUCCAGGCAUUCCUGGCAUCAUGGACGCCACCGGAACCCGUUGUUGCCCACAGGGGUGCGGAAUGUGCGGUGGUGGUGGGUGCGGGUUAAUCGACAUGAACCUAGUGGCUCCUACUGUGGAAGGUGAUGUCCCCAUCGACGCCAAAUCGGGUGAUUACUGCUGCACGUCUGGGGUGGACACAAGAGACGUCACGUGUGGGACUGGAACGGGUGAUGACGAGGGCUACCCUCCUUGCCUCAUUCCGGCUGAUUUCGCUGAAGACACCUGCUACGUGGAAGGCGUAGAAGGGGUGUCCGACGAUGGUGUGUAUUGCUGUCCCCUGGGAUGUGGCCAGUGCGGAGGGGAAGGAUGCGGUGCAAUUCCAGUGGUCAAUAUCUUCCCCGAUGGAAGGGAGCUGCCGGAAGACGCCACCGCUUCGUCGUACUGCUGCCUAAAAGCCUUCGUGGAUAUUGAAGUGGUGUGUGGCGAUCCGGGGGUCGAGCCUCCGUGCAUGAUCCCUGAAGGAACGUCGCGCCCACCUGUCGCUGCCCCUGUGGAUACUGGUGAUGGGAGCGGAAGCGGAAGCGGCGGUGGCAAUGACACUGGCAUCACCGAUGGCCCCGAUCGUGUUGUUGGCGGCGGGUCUACUCCCUCCCCCUCCGCCAUGGAAACGAUGGACUGCAAGACCAUCUCUGUUAUUGUCGACGAACUGCAGCAGUUCGACGGCAUCUACCACAUGAUGGCCGGUAUGAACGAGACGCUCUUCCUCAAGAACGACAGCAGCGCUAUCAUGAGCCACGUGCCCUACGAAGGAGCGGCGACAAACACGACGUCGACGACCACGACCGCCCUGAAUGCCACCUCUGAAUGCGGUUACUGGAUAUUGGCAGAAGCAACGGGCAACUCUUCAUUGACUGUGCAAGACUGCGCCACCAACCCGGACGACAUUGACACGGCCAUGUGGUGGAUGGUGGAAGGCACCACCGAGGCUACACCCGAACACGCCGUGGAGGUCAUGGUGGAAUGCGUGGAUAUGCCUUCCACGCCUUCCACGCCUUCCCCCGCAAGCACUGGUGGUUCGGGGGGUUCUCUACCGGACGGAGAAGAAGGAGACGGUGUCGGAGUCACAGAUGGCGACGGAGAGGAGGGAGGUGGCAAUGGCGACGGAGGGGACGGCUCCCCCACCCCGGCUCCUGCUGACGACUCGACCGGCGGCGCUCAAGACAGGAGCGUUGACCCGGGCGACGCGGCCAACACGGAGGACGACGCUCCGUCCUCUAGCAGCAAGGGCGGCCUUAGCACCGGCGAGGCUGUCGGGGUUGGGGUCGCCUGUAGUGUUGUGGCGGUUGUGGGUGCGGUGGGUCUCACCCGUUGGGCCAAGGGUGGCGGGUAA